GACCCGCCCGCGGCCCGAGACUCGCUGCGCAGCUGGAAGCGGCGAGGCGUGCGCGGCGGGCGGGCGCAGCGCGGCGAAGCAGGACCGGGAGCUGUCUGCGGUCAGAAGCAGCAAUGUCCGUGAAGGUGGCGGCCCCGGGAAGCAUGGGGCUGGGCCUAGAGCACCUGAGCCCUGAGGAGCUGGUGCAACAGACGCAACAAGUGGUACGGGGGCUAGAGGCCCUGCGGGCAGAGCACCGGGGCCUGGCCGGGCACCUGGCGGAGGCCCUGGCAGGACAGGGCCCGGUGGCUGGCCUGGAACUGCUGGAAGAAAAGCAGGAGGUGGUGAGCCACUCACUGGAGGCCAUCGAGCUGGGGCUGGGUGAGGCCCAGGUGCUGCUGGCCCUGUCGGCACAUGUGGGCGCGCUGGAGGCUGAGAAGCAGCGGCUGCGAGCACAGGCCCGGCGGCUGGCCCAGGAGAACGCAUGGCUUCGGGAAGAGCUGGAGGAGACGCAGCAGCGGCUGAGGGCCAGCGAGGAGGCUGUGGCCCAGCUGGAGGAGGAGAAGAGCCACCUGCAGUUCCUGGGGCAGCUGCGGCAGUAUGACCCGCCGGCGGAGAGCCAGCAGCCUGAGUCCCCCCAUCGGCAGGACAGCCUGGCCUCCCUGUUCCCCAGUGAGGAGGAGGAGAGGAAAGGUCCCGAGGCAGCGGGGGCCAUCUCUGCUCAGCAGGGUGGCUACGAGAUCCCGGCCCGCCUUCGGACCCUGCACAACCUCGUGCUCCAGUACACGGGGCAGGGCCGCUACGAGGUGGCUGCGCCGCUGUGCCGCCAGGCCUUAGAGGAUCUGGAGCGGAGCUCGGGCCACUGCCACCCUGACGUGGCCACCAUGCUCAACAUCCUGGCGCUGGUGUACCGGGACCAGAACAAGUACAAAGAGGCCACAGACCUUCUCCACGAUGCCCUGCAGAUCCGGGAGCAGACACUGGGCCGGGAGCACCCCGCGGUGGCCGCCACCCUCAACAACCUGGCUGUCCUCUACGGGAAGCGUGGGCGUUACCAGGAGGCGGAGCCCCUGUGCCAGCGCGCCCUGGAGAUCCGUGAGAAGGUCCUGGGCGCCAACCACCCGGACGUGGCCAAGCAGCUCAACAACCUGGCCCUGCUGUGCCAGAACCAGGGCAAGUUCGAGGAGGUGGAGCGGCACUACGGCCGGGCCCUGAGCAUCUACAAGGCCCUAGGUGGGCCUCACGACCCCAAUGUGGCCAAGACCAAGAACAACCUGGCCUCAGCCUACCUGAAACAGAACAAGUACCAGCAGGCGGAGGAACUGUACAAAGAAAUCCUCAGCAGGGAGGCCCUGCCUGCCCCUCUUGGAGCCCCCAACACAGGCACAGCUGGUGACACAGAACAGCAGACUUUUCGUCGGAGCAGCUCGUUCUCCAAGCUCCGAGAGUCCAUCCGGCGGGGAAGCGAGAAGCUGGUCUCCCGGCUCCGAGGCGAGGGGGUGGUGGGGGCAGCCGGGAUGAAGAGAGCCAUGUCACUCAACAUGCUGAACAUGGAUGGUUCCAGGGCUGCUGGGAACCAGUUCCCCAGCCGGCACCUGGGCGAGGCCUCUCGGACCCUCAGCGCCAGCACCCAGGACCUGGGCCCCCGCUGAAGGCGACAGAACCACGUGGCUGCAGCUUCUCAGGAGGAGCGGGAGAGGGAUGGGAGGAGGGGAGGGGAGUCCUUUCAUCUCCCUGACUGCUCCCACCCCUCGGGGGCACCCAGUGUCUUGGGUUUCCCCGCUGUCCUCUCCUCCUGUGAUUAAAGGCUGUAGACUUGGCAGCCAGAAGGUCU